AGACAGUGAUAAGACGCCAGUAUUAGUUUGUCGCGCGAACGCGCUUCUUCGAAAAAGGCAGAACGAUGCUGGCUCGUCCACCCCAAACUCGCUCGUGGCUCGUCUUGGCCGUCUGCUCAACUUAUCUGAUUGCGGCAACACGUGCAGCUUCCGCUGACUGUGGCUUCGGUUACGAGUUGCUCGCUGCCAAGUUGGACACUUUGGAUCACGGAAUUGCAAAAGUUUGUGCUGGAACAGCAGCUUAUUUGUACGACUAUCCGAGGACUUGCCGAGACGGUUCAAUCAAAUCUUCAGGAAUUUACCUACUUCAGCCGGAGAAGGGCUUUCGAGAUCCGUUUCCAGCGCGUUGCGAACAGGACUACGAGGGUGGAGGUUGGACAGUGAUUCAGCAUCGCUUUGACGGAGCCACAAACUUUGUUCGACCUUGGGAGCAGUUCAAGAAUGGGUUCGGUCACCUGGAGGGGGAGUUUUGGCUAGGUUUGGAGAAGAUUCACCAGUUGACGUACUCAACGCCACACGAGUUGCACGUGCUGUUGGAAGAUUUUGAAGGGACGCAAGCGGUGGCCAAGUAUGAGGAAUUUGCCGUCGCAAGUGAGUACGAGUUCUACAAGUUGGUCAAGCUGGGAUCGUACAGUGGGACGGCGGGGGACUCGCUAUCUGGGCACAAGGAUCACAAUUUCUCAACUUUUGAUCGCGAUAAUGAUAAACAUGAAACUGCCAACUGUGCGACGGUGUACAGUGGAGCGUGGUGGCAUGGCAAGUGUCAUUCGAGUAAUUUGAACGGGCUGUAUCUGAAAGGAGUGACCACAAGUUAUGCGAAUGGAAUGUGCUGGAAUGCGUUUAAGGGGUAUCAUUAUUCGUUGAAGGUUUCUAAGAUGAUGAUUAGGAGUAAAGUGUAAUCAAGAUACUUUAAUAAUAUUGAAUAAAACAAUACAUAAAUUUUCCUUUUUAAAUUUGUCGUGGAAUUCCCAGUGUGAAUUUUUGUUAUCUAAUGAAACUGCCUAAUUAGGUAUUAGGGUCUACAUAACAAAGUUCAAACUCAACAAUUCAAAAUAGUGCAAUUAAUCAAGAGGUACCGAAUAUAAUCGUCAUCGUAAAUUAA